AUGAAGUUUCUGACCCUUGUAACCAUUUUUACCGCCACCUGCAACGCCGCUCAGCACUCGCACCGCUCCAUCCGCCAGAUUCGCCACAAGCGCCAAGCCGUUGACCCUUUUUCUCAUAACAAUGAUCCUAUCCCUAAGGCUCCUGUUGUUGAAGCGGUUCCACUGACGGCAGAGAGUGGUACCAACAACGAUAACAAUAACAGAAUCGGUAAAAGACGAGGAAGCAGUGGCAGCAAAAAAUCGGAACAGACAUUGAUCUUGUUUGAAGUUGGAGGCGUGCCCGGAAACGAAUGCCUCACCUUCAGGAAUAAUGGCGAAAUCGUUGAUGCUGCUUGCGUCAACGAAGCUGCAGAUCGACAACUUACGCCAUCGACUUUGAACGGAGCCGACGUGUUAAUUGUUCAGAGAACCUUCAGCAACGGAUUCAGACCUGACUUGGUGGACAAGAAAGUCUGCGUGGGUUUUAAUGGCACGCACUUCAAGGCGGAGGACUGCGAGUCCCAGGAUGUCGAAUUGGUCAGGUUCACAGGCGCUAACUUGGUUGCUUCUGGCGGUGCAUGCUUAAAUGGCCACGAUAAUCUUGCUCAGGUGACAGUGAAUGUAAAUGGUCAGGGAUGCGCCUUGCUGAAGCCUACGGUCGUAACCCCAACACCCCCUUAA